CCCUCCCCAAAUCCAUCACUGCUCUGCUCAGAUUCCCAAUAGAAAAAAAAGAAAUGGCUUCCUUCAGAGCUAUUGCUUUGUUUUUGUUGGUGGGGUUGAUGGUCGGAGUUUCUAAAGCUCAGCUGUGCCCCACGUUUUACGAUGAGUCAUGUCCCGAUUUGUCGAACAUUGUCCGCGGUGUGGUUCAGCAGGCUUUGGAGAAUGACGACCGAGCUGGAGCUAGACUCAUUCGCCUUCACUUCCACGACUGCUUCGUAGACGGGUGUGAUGGGUCGAUUUUACUAGAGGAUCAACCGGGCGUAGUGAGUGAGCUUGGUGCUCCUGGAAAUGCAAAUAUUACCGGGUUUAAUAUCGUUGACGACAUCAAAGCUGCCGUCGAAGAUGCUUGUCCUGGCGUCGUCUCUUGUGCUGACAUCUUAGCCAUUGCUUCUGUAGAAUCUGUUUCGUUGGCAGGAGGACCGUGCUGGGAGGUUCAAUUGGGAAGAAGAGACAGGCGAACGGCAAACUUACAAGGCGCUAAUACUAGCCUUCCAAGUCCCUUCGAAAAUGUUACUCAACUUAAACAAAAGUUUCGUAGAGUUGGCCUUGAUUCUACUGACCUCGUUGCUUUAUCUGGUGCCCACACAUUCGGUCGUUCGAGAUGUCGAUUUUUCGACCGACGUUUAAACGUUUCAAACCCAGACAACACCCUGGACGCCUCAUACGCAGCCCAGCUCCGACAGGCUUGUUCGAGCAGCAGAGACACUUUCUUGAACCUGGACCCGACCACUCCCGACGACUUCGACAACAACUACUUCACCAACCUCCAGUCCAACUUCGGCCUUCUUGGAAGCGACCAGGUCCUCUUCUCGACCCCCGGCGAGGACACCGUGGACAUCGUCAAAAUGUUCGCCGGCAGCCAGCAGCAGUUCUUCGACAGCUUUGGGCAGUCCAUGAUCAACAUGGGAAAUAUCAGCCCUUUGACCGGAGACGAGGGAGAGAUUAGGUCUAAUUGCCGAAGGCUCAACUGAACAAACACCUAAUUAAACAGUACAUACAUAUUAAGAAAAGAAGUGGUUCGUCCCAAAAAGUGUAUUAUAUAUAUAUAUAAAUCCGUCGUUUAUUUGUUACCAGAGAAUAAGGAAGGGGGUGUUUUUGUGGGUUGUGAAAUUAAUUAAAAGAUGUGGAUUUUGGGUGGGGAGAGGAAGAUUUAAUUUGUGAGACUGGCCUCUAAUCUGUUGCAGCUUUCGAAGGAUGGCAUGCUACGGAUAUAUUCUGGUGUAUGUAUUAUAUGUAAACCUAUACUUUUUGUUCCAUAUGUUGAAUAAAAAGAGAUGAUACUAAAAUAAAGUAGUGUGUGUUGUAA